CUCCCCUCUGGGCUCUGGCAGCGGCAGCUCCUCCCCUCUGGGCUCCGGCAGCGGCAGCUCCUCCCCUCUGGGCUCUGGCAGCGGCAGCUUCUCCCCCUCUGGCUCGGGAGCCUGCGGAGUUACGCUAGCCUGCUCCCACUUUUGGAGUAACAGCUCCAAUUCGGUUGGCUCCCUUCUCUUCACUGGGGCCAACCCCAUCUCUCUCUCCCAUCUCCCAAGUUGCUCUCUCUGAGCAACAGCAUUCCUGGUUAUCUGCUUGAUCAUCUCCAGCAAAUCCAUCUUCUCUGGGUCUUAGGGGCGCCCACACUUUCUGACACCAAAUGUAAAAGAUUGCACUCACUCGCGUUCGUUGCCCCUUUAAAAAUACGACCCAGGACACGGAAGUGGAUUUUUCAGCGCGUUUGCGCUAUUUUUUUAAUAAACAGAAAAUAAAACAAAUACAAAGCAAAACAAACACCUAACUCCUCUUGGAGCGCUAACUCAACUUUCAGGAAUCCCCUUCCUAACACGGGACAGCUAAGCCGUUUUCCCGUCUUCACAAAACCCAGGUUUAACACCGCACUUACUUUUCUCUCUUCAAUGGCUACUCGGAGACAGCGCACCUCUCUGCCUCCUUCCAUUCAGCAGCCCCGAGCAGACUGCUUGCUCUCCUUUUAAACUCCCGCACCUGAGUCUAAUGCCCAAAUAGCCCAGGUGCGGAAGAUAAUUAAUAAUCAAACAAUUAAACUAAACAAUAAGCAAAUCAAUUAGCAAAUUAAAUAAAACAAUAAAGCAAUACAAAUCAAACAAUUAACCAAAAGGUGCAUUCCCACAUGUUUUUUUCUUGCAGGGAGGUUUUAACCCCCUCCCUGCCGUCUCUCACAACCCGCUAUAUUACAAUAGCUAUUUCUGAAACAGAUAACACACACGUCGUAAACAGCUAGAGGUUUCUUAGAUUCUGUCUGAAUCUAUGUGUUUUCACUGCACUUGGAGUAUUUUCUAUUUAGAUGCCAUUAGUGCAGAAGUUAGGUUGGUUGUACCAUACUAGUCCCCAUACAAAGUCUUUUUGGCAGUACCUUUCAAUAGAAUCAGCUGAAUAUGUAUUUCAAAUACACAAUAGGGAUAACAUUAGCAGUGUAUUAUUACAAUGGCAAUCCUUGCAAAAGGAUCUUCAAUAGCAUUAUACUAGCAAUGUAGUAGUUCUCUACCAAGAGGUAAUGGGAGCCUGUGACAGAGAGAGAAAGAAUUCAAACUGUAAAUCUCCCUCCCGACCAAAGAAGGCGCUUGGUAAGGUGGAUCGUAUGCUUCCUCCUAGAUGGACUGCCUUGACGGUAGGCGGAAACCGGAAGGUGACCAUAUUAGGGGGAGCGCGUAGUUGCAUGUACCUGGAAGGAUUCCAUUGCAAUCAGCUGCGGGGCGGGCCCCUAUUGGAGAAACCAUGGCAACGGGUUGUUUGCAAGGAGGAGGUUCUGGGUACAAAGGGGAAGCAGUUACGUUAGUACGGCCCCCUUGCGCUGAUGACGGUAUCCAGCCGGAGCCUGUGUCUCUGUUAUUGUUUUGUUUUGUCUCUGACAGAGGAGGAGUGAGAGUCGGGAGCUGCAGCCGCGGAGCCAGCAUUAGACCCGGAGCACGUCCCUCACAGCACAACACAGCACAGCACCAGCACUCACCACGACCCCGGAAGAAAGAGCACAGUUUCGUGCACGGAGGAUUGUGGUUCAGGAGUGUCAUUCUUUUUGUUAAUAAGUACUGUAAACCUGCCGUGUUCCCCCCGAUACCAUCGCUGGCAAAAGGGGGGGGGGGGGUGUUUAUUAUUAUUAUUUAUUAUAAUUAUUGAAAUUAAAACACAGACGUUUUUGGGAGAACUCUGGUCUGGACAUUGCCUUUAUUAUCACCACUCACAUCCUGUUCACAAGUGGUGUCAGAAACGGGAUUUUACAAUGGACCCUGCAGCACUGAACACCAUGAUGGAGGCUCAGGCACGUAGGCAUGAAGAGACCUUGGCAGCGGUGAUGGAGAGGAUGAAUGCCAUGUUCCUCGCGGCCAACCAGAGGAGGGAACCGGUGGCCGAACCAGCAGUAGCGCCUCCGAAACCUAAAGUGGUGAAGAUGUCGCUGGAGGAUGAUCCCGAGGCCUAUUUAACAUCCUUUGAAAGGCAGGCGACAGCAGCCCUAUGGCCUCGGGAGUGGUGGGCUACCCAGCUGGGACCCAAUCUGAUCGGGGAAGCCCAGGCAGCCUACCACGCUUUAACCCAUGAACAAGCCAUGGAUUAUGAUCUUGUAAAGAAAGCCAUCCUUCAGCGACUGGACAUCACGGAGGAGACGCACCGCCGCCGGUUCCGGGAGUACCAACGCCCAGAAGGAGUCCGACCCCGAGUAAUGGCCCAGCAGUUGGUGGACCAGGUGACCCGGUGGCUCUGCCCUGGUGAACGCACAGCAGAGGAGGUGGCUGAGAUUGUCACCAUUGAACAAUUUAUACAGUUGCUGGGGCCAGAAGCCAGUAAUUGGGUCAGCCGGCACCGGCCCACCACGCUGGACGCCGCGGUCAGGUUGGCUGAGGGGUACGAGGACUCUAUGCCCACACCGCUGCCCACCCCGAUACAUUCCACGCCGACCUUCAUCAGACCCAGGAUGGCGGGCCCAAGGCCGGGGCCCCUUCACCCACACACACCCUUCACGUCUGGACCAGCACCCUCACGUUCCCCAACGGGUGGCCUCGCUCCACAACACUGGAGGCCGAGGUCAACCCCCAGCUGGGGUAGAACAGGGGCCCCCUCCCCGCUGUCAGGUCGGCAGCGGGACAAUCAGGCUCCGUGGGCGCCUCUCCCUCUGGAAUGUUACCGGUGCCAUGGGGUCGGCCACCUUGCCCGGAAUUGCCCCUCAGCAAUGGAGUGUGGUGCGGCUUCGCAUUAUUUGGUACCGGCGACAGAGGAGGAGUGAGAGUCGGGAGCUGCAGCCGCGGAGCCAGCAUUAGACCCGGAGCACGUCCCUCACAGCACAACACAGCACAGCACCAGCACUCACCACGACCCCGGAAGAAAGAGCACAGUUUCGUGCACGGAGGAUUGUGGUUCAGGAGUGUCAUUCUUUUUGUUAAUAAGUACUGUAAACCUGCCGUGUUCCCCCCGAUACCAUCGCUGGCAAAAGUGGGGGGGGGGUGUUUAUUAUUAUUAUUUAUUAUAAUUAUUGAAAUUAAAACACAGACGUUUUUGGGAGAACUCUGGUCUGGACAUUGCCUUUAUUAUCACCACUCACAUCCUGUUCACAGAGCCUAAAGGCAGGUGCAAUGCCUGAGCCUAACCUGAAAUCUGAAUAUUUCCCUGGCCUCACAAAUUGUUAUCCAUUGCAAAACCUUAUAGUGUGCUAUUGUAUCCACUGUGCAAUAUCUGCUUCAAAUCUGUAUUGUUAUUGCUGGUAAUGUUGUGGUCUCCUUAUGUUAGGGUUUCAGGGCAAUAAACUGGGAUUUUAAUGGUAUCCCAUUUGUAUUUUUCAAUUCUUUACUGGAAGGGUAGCCUUACUGAUUUACUGUAGUUG